CGGAGCAUUGGAGUGACAAAUGAUGGGCCGGGCUGGGCUGGGCUGGAAUGUAGGGAGAUUUGGGACAUUGCCGGCUGAAUAGGUCCACUCGUUCGCGGAAGGGAUGGGGAUCUCACAUGUGCCAGGAUCCUAGUUCGCCGGUCUUCCAGGCAUCAACUAUCGGAACUCUAUCUUCUUUCGUCCCCAAACGCUUGGUUGGACCCAUUCACCGAUCAAAAAUAGAUCCCCGGAAUCAUGUACAGAGCAGCGGCUUCUCACGUCAGAGCCCUUAAGGGUCGGGCCAGUAAUAAGGUGGUGACCAGAUUUGCAAGUUCUUCUGCAUUAGCAACGAAACCAUCCUCUGCAGGCUUAUUUAGUUGGUUAACUGGUGAACGGUCUACUUCCCUUCCCCCUCUAGAAUUUCCACUAAAAGAUGUUACCCUGCCGCCCCCAUUACCUGAUCAUGUUGAGCCAGGGAAGACACAAAUUACUACAUUGCCGAACGGCAUCAAAAUAUCUUCAGAAACUUCAGCGAGUCCUGCUGCAUCUGUUGGGUUAUAUGUCGACAGUGGAUCAAUCUAUGAAACACCAGACUCAUUUGGCGCAUCACAUCUAUUGGAACGAAUGGCCUUUAAAAGCACAUUGAACCGUAGCCACUUGCGUAUUGUGCGAGAAGUUGAAGCUAUUGGUGGUAGCGUUCAAGCAGCUGCCUCACGAGAACAAAUGGUAUACACUUAUGAUGCCUUGAAAUCAUAUGUUCCUCAAAUGGUGGAACUGCUUAUAGAUGCAGUGAGGAAUCCUGCCUUUUUAGAUUGGGAAGUCAAAGAGCAGCUUGAGAAGAUGAAAAAUGAGAUCGCAGAAUUCUCUAAGAACCCACAAGCUUUACUUUUGGAGGCAGUUCACUCCGCUGGUUAUGUUGGACCUUUUGCAAAUCCACUUAUGGCUAGUGAAGCCUCAAUUAACAAGUUAGAUGGCACUGCUUUGGAGGAAUUUGUUGCUGAGAAUUACACUGCUUCUCGCAUGGUGCUUGCUGCAUCUGGUGUUGAGCAUGAAGAACUGUUGAGGAUUGCUGAACCAUUGCUUUCUGACUUGCCUAAUGUGCCUCGGUAUGAGGAGCCUAAGCCUAUAUAUGUAGGAGGUGACUACCGUUGUCAAGCCGAACAAGGGAUGACUCAUUUUGCCCUUGCUUUUGAAGUUCCUGGUGGCUGGCAUAAGGAAAAGGAUGCAAUGAUUUUAACAGUGCUUCAGGCUUUGCAGAUGCUUAUGGGAGGGGGUGGCUCUUUCUCUGCCGGUGGCCCUGGAAAGGGAAUGUACUCAAGGCUAUACCUCCGUGUCUUGAAUGAGUACCCACAAGUCCAUGCAUUCUCUGCAUUCAGCAGCAUUUACAAUAGUUCCGGAUUAUUUGGCAUUCAGGCAACCACUUUUUCUGAUUUUUCAUCAAAAGCUGUUGAUAUCGCAGUUAAAGAGCUGACUGCCAUUGCAAAUCCUGGUGAAGUUGACCAAAGUCAGCUUGAUCGUGCUAAACAGGCAACAAAAUCCGCCAUUCUGAUGAACUUAGAAUCCAGGAUGGUUGCAUCAGAAGACAUAGGCAGACAAGUUUUGACAUAUGGCGAGAGGAAACCUGUUGACCAUUUCUUGAAAGCAAUUGAAGAAGUUUCAGCAAAGGAUAUUGCAUCAGUUGCCCAAAAACUUAUAUCAUCUCCUCUCACCAUGGCUUCUUAUGGAGACGUUCUUAAUCUUCCAAGUUAUGACAAUGUUAGCAGCCAUUUCCGGUCCAAAUAAUUUCCUCAGCUGCAGAAUCGGAAACUCAGAAGUUAAUAACUUUUUUUUUUUGCACAUUUGGAAGUUUUUGAGCUACUCUUUGGCCAUAUAUUUAUGGGAAUAAUCAAUCUUUUAUAAUAAUUGAACCUUAGUUUGUGUCUAGCAAAAUGCGUAAACUUGAUUAUUUUAUGAUUAUUACAUUGCAAUUGUUUCGUGAAGUACUAGUUUAUCUUUGUGAAAUGCUGGAUGCUUGAUAUGACUUGAAUGGAAAGCUAUUGGUUCGUUGGAAAAUACGAAGGGGAAGUAUGGGAG